UUCGAGGAGCAGGACGUGUGCGUUAUAAAUACAGCCUCCAGUCCGAGGUAACAAAAUGAGACGCGACCGGCCACCGCUCCAUGCUCGUUACUGUGAGAAAGAUGCUGCAGCAAGCUCUCAGAGUGUCCGGCCGGAGUGCCUUCCCCCUGGUCAAGUGGAUGGAGAGGUGGGCUGAGGGCGCAGUGCCGGAGGGGGGCACCGCCAAGGCGUUGAGGACGCUGGACGACAUGCCCGGACCGUCGGUCGCCAGCUUCGCCUGGGACUUGUUCGCUAAACGGGGACUGUCACGGCUACACGAGCUGCAGGUGGAAGGUGCACAGCGGUAUGGACCCAUGUGGAAAGCAAGCUUUGGCCCCAUUCUGACCGUUCAUGUAGCCGACCCUGCCCUCAUCGAGCAGGUCCUGAGGCAGGAGGGCCAGCACCCAAUGCGUUCUGACCUCUCCUCCUGGAAGGACUACAGGAAGCUCAGAGGACACCACUGUGGACUCCUGACAGCUGAGGGGCAGGAGUGGCAGGCGGUGAGAAGUCUCUUGGGGAAGCACAUGCUGCGGCCGAAGGCGGUCGAAGCGUAUGAUCAGACCCUGAACAGCGUGGUCAGUGACCUCAUUGGCAAACUGAGGCUUCGCAGGACUUCUCAAGGCCUCGUCACUGACAUCGCCAGCGAGUUCUACCGCUUUGGCCUGGAGGGUAUUUCCUCAGUAUUGUUUGAAUCCAGAAUCGGCUGCCUGGAUGAGGUCGUCCCAGAAGAGACAGAGCGUUUCAUCCAGUCAAUCAACACCAUGUUUGUGAUGACACUUCUCACCAUGGCUAUGCCCAGCUGGCUGCACCAGCUGUUUCCUAAACCCUGGAACAUCUUCUGUCAGUGCUGGGACUACAUGUUUGACUUUGCGAAAGGUCACAUCAACCAGCGUCUGACAGCUGAAGCAGAGAAGGUCGCCCGUGGGGAGAAGGUGGAAGGCCGUUAUCUCACCUACUUCUUAUCUCAAACUGGGCUGCCUAUGAAGACUGUCUACAGCAACGUUACAGAGCUGCUUCUCGCAGGGGUUGACACGAUAUCCAGUACAAUGUCCUGGUCAUUGUACGAGCUGUCACGUCACCCCAAGCUGCAGGCCUCGCUGCGGGACGAGGUGCUGAGCAGGCUGGGAGAUAAAAAAUUACCAGUAGCGGCUGAUGUGGCUCGCAUGCCGCUCCUGAAGGCCACAGUAAAAGAAGUGCUCAGGUUGUACCCUGUCAUUCCUGCCAAUGCAAGAGUCAUCACAGAGAGAGACAUCGAGGUUGGAGGAUACCAAAUACCUAAAAAUACUCUGAUCACCCUGUGCCACUACGCCACAUCACGGGACCCUGCAGUGUUUCCAAAUCCAGAUGAAUUCCAGCCUCAUCGAUGGUUGAGCAAGGACCAAUCCCAUCACCCGUAUGCCUCUGUGCCGUUUGGUGUGGGAAAACGCAGCUGCAUAGGUCGAAGAAUUGCUGAGCUGGAGCUCUACCUCGCUCUUGCCAGGAUCCUCUUAGAGUUCGAUGUGAAGCCGGACCCUGAAGGGAUUUCCGUGAAGCCCAUGACACGAACGCUUUUAGUUCCUGAAAAUGUCAUCAGCCUCCAGUUUAUUGAACGAUGACCCAUUCUCCCAGGACGAUGUGUUACGAGAACGUGAGCCUCUCUGCAGCAGAGAGCACCAGCAGGCAGAGUCAUCACAGGAACAUUGAAGCUUUUUUUGCUGGCAGUGGAUCAUGUUAAAGAGCAGAACUUCAACCUUUCACACUGUGGAGGGCCAAAAACUUCUGUACCUGUUAACCACCAUGCUAAGGCUGAUAAAUGGAGGAAUAAUGAGCAACGAGAGAAGCCAUGACAACUUAGUUCAGAGGUUAUCUACUUGGAGCGGUGAAACUCCAAAUUAAUCCUGUUUUUAUUUUAAUGAAAUUACCAUCAGGUACUAACUUGCACUAGAAGUCUGGAGCAAACCAGUAAAAUCCCACAUCGACAGACAAUCUCAGACUCUAAUUUUACUCUUGAAAUGUUGAAUUUCACGAUAUUUGUAAGCAUGUUUGAAGCUCAUGUUUUCUGAAUCUGGUAACCCCCCUCAUUUGAUGUAAAUCAGAUUAGGAACUGUGAUCUUCUGCACUCUAAACUCAGCUGUAUCAGCAAUUUCCUGUGUGUCCUUAACAUGUGAAUAUUUCAUUUCGAGACCAUUUCUGUAUAUGUUCUCUCGGUGUGCUAAGACGCACAUGACAUUUAUUUCAGAGUAAAUAAGUCACAGUAUUAGGAGAGUCUUAGACGGAAACACGGGCACACAGUUUGUAAUAUCUCCAGCUCAUACUGAGCCACUGUCAGAGAUUUUUGUACUGUUGAAUUUAUUAAUCAAUGAGCAUUAUUUGAGGUGCUUAUGGUGAAAAUGUUUACUGAUGUGUUUCUUUAAAAAAAAGGCAGCUGUUGAAAUUAUUCCUGUGUGUGAAGGCAUAUAGUAUUCCAAUCUGUCUGAAUUGUCUAAAAAAAUUUAAGCUUAUGCAACAAUUCAAAUGUGCAGCACAAUGCAAGUGUAUCAUUUUUACACAUCUUAACCUGCUACAGUGGUGUAUUAUGGAGUUACAAAUGUAAAACGCUUUAGUAUCUGAGUUUUGUAUUUAUUAUAAUUUAACACAUUUUAAAACAGUUACUGUAAAUGUCAUUAAAAUGUUUCAAGUGA